GCUAGGUGAGAUGAGCGGAUCGGCCGCAUCCUUUAAGUGUGAGGCGCUUCCAUCGAGAGGACCGUUAACUCGGGCGGUGCCGAGUUAAAAUGGUCGAUAUCCGACCCGAAAAGCAUCCCGAAACCGUUGUACAUAUUGCGAACAUCGUCCUUCAAAUUGCAUCCACUUUAAACAUCCCGUCUUAGUGGUCAGUUCUGCCUGCCGUUCAGAGGUUAACCUGAGGCCAUGGCAGUGAAGGACCGUGUCGAGGCGGUGCUCAAUGUGGGUCUGCGUGUUCCAAGCAUCAUGCUGCUGGAUGUCUUGUACCGCUGGGAUGUCAGCUCCUUCUUCCAGAAGAUCCAGCGCUCCAGCCUCUCCAACAACCCCCUGUUCCAGUACAAAUACCUGGCACUCUACCUGCACUACGUAGGUUACAUCCUGAGCUUGGUGCUCUUGACUCUGCCUCGUCAGCACCUGGUUAAACUCUAUCUGUAUGUCCUUACGGCCCUGCUGCUGUUUGCUGGUCACCAAGUCUCAAGGGAUUAUGUCCGCAGUGAACUUGAGUCUGGCUAUGAAGGACCUGUCUACCUGGAACCUCUCUCCAUGAACAGAUUCACCACUGCACUCAUAGGUCAGCUGGUGGUGUGUACACUAUGUUCGUGUGUGAUGCAGACCAAGAGAAUUUGGCUUUUCUCUGCUCACCUCCUCCCUCUGGUGGCCAGACUGUGUCUGGUUCCUCUGGAGACCAUCGUCUUCAUCAAUAAAUUCUCCAUGAUCUUCACAGGCCUGGAGGUCAUUUACUUCUUGGCUUCUAACUUGUUGGUACCAUACAACCUGGCUAAGACUGCCUACAGGGAGCUGGCUCAGGUGGUGGAAGUGUACGGGCUGCUAGCUUUGGGUAUGUCUCUGUGGAACCAGCUGGUCCUUCCAGUUCUCUUCAUGUGUUUCUGGCUACUGCUGUUCGCAUUGCAGAUCUACUCCUACUUCAGCACCAGAGACCAGCCUACCUCAAGGGAGAGGCUUCUUUUCCUCUUUCUUACCAGUAUUGCAGAAUGUUGUAGUACGCCGUACUCCCUGCUGGGUCUGGUUUUCACCGUCUCCUUCAUAGCUUUGGGAGUUCUCACACUCUGCAAGUUCUACCUGCAAGGUUACAGAGCAUUUAUGAAUGACAACACCAUGCACAGAGGGAUGACAGAAGGCAUCACCCUGCUGAUCCUUGCUGUCCAGACCGGCCUCAUUGAGCUUCAGGUCAUCCACCGAGCCUUCCUCCUCUCCAUCAUCCUCUUCAUUGUUGUUGCUUCCAUCCUGCAGUCCAUGCUGGAGAUAGCUGACCCCAUAGUGCUGGCCCUGGGAGCAUCCAGAGACAAGAGCCUGUGGAAGCACUUCAGAGCUGUGUCUCUGUGUCUGUUCCUGCUGAUCUUUCCAGCCUACAUGGCCUAUAUGAUCUGUCAGUUCUUCCACAUGGACUUCUGGCUGCUCAUCAUCAUAUCCUCCUCCAUCCUCACAUCACUGCAGGUGCUCGGCACUCUGCUGAUCUACGUUCUCUUCAUGGUGGAGGAGUUUCGAAAGGCUCCAGUAGAGAACAUGGAUGAAGUAAUCUACUGUGUCAACGGGACCUACAGAUUACUGGAGUUCCUCGUUGCGGUGUGUGUGGUGUGCUACGGUGUGUCAGAGACGGUGUUCGGGGAGUGGAGUGUGAUGGGCAGCACCAUCAUCUUGGUCCAUUCGUACUAUAACGUCUGGCUCAGAGCCCAGCUGGGCUGGCAGAGCUUCCUGCUCAGGAGAGAUGCUGUAAACAAGAUCAAAAGCCUCCCCACAGCCAGCAACACACAGCUGGAACAGUAUAACGACAUCUGUGCUAUCUGCUACCAGGACAUGAACAGUGCUGUGAUCACUCCAUGCAGUCAUUUCUUCCACGCUGGCUGUCUGAAGAAAUGGCUUUAUGUCCAGGAGACAUGCCCCCUCUGUCAUUCACAACUCAAGAGCCAAUCACCAACCACCACUGUCCCAAACCAAGAUGCCCCUGCAGCCAAUCAGAGCCCUGCAGGGCAGGAAGAAGCCACAGCUAAUAAGAAGCAGAGAGAUGACACUGUUUCAGAUGAUGGGAAGGAGGAGGGAGCAGGAGAGCAGGAGGGAGAUAAUGGACCUGCCAUGUCAGCUGGAGAAACUUCCUCCUCAUCUGGUGUGCCCUCGACUCCCCAACAACUGGCCAAGACGCCAGCGUCAUCAUCUUCCUCUUCUAUUCCUCCUUCCUUACUUGUGACUGAAUCUCAGAGCCGGUUGCUCACGGAUCAUCCCUCUUCGUCUGCCUUCUCUCCUUCUAACACAACGGACACGUCCCCCUCUCCUCCAUCUCUCUCCUCCUCCUCACAGCCACAGAUGACCCCUGCUGACCCUGAACCUGCUCCUCAGCUAAACCCAAGCUUCCUACUGGACAGCCAGGAGUCAUCUACUGGUCCAUCAUCACAGCUUGACCAGCCCACUUCCUCUAAGGAACAGUCGCCUCCUCCUUGCAGCCUCUGAGGCCCAUUGUAACACACACGACAUAUGUGCAUGCACACAUAAACACACAAUCUAAAUACUCCAUCUGCCAAUAUUUUGCCUAUAUUCUACUUGUCCAGCGGUUGGCUAUCCCAUCAUUUCUGAAAUUCAGCUCCACACCUCUCCAUAUCAAUUUUGAGAGAAAAAAAUCUAAAACAAUCUCUAAGCAGACAUCUAUUACUCAGUUGUCUUGGAACAGUUUAUCUUAAGUUAACUUUCACUCAAGCAAUGAUUUCAUUUUCUGUUCAACACAAAAAGGGGAGAGCAGUAAUCUCAUCUCAAAAAUUAUCGGUAGUCCUACAUCAUGUCCACAAAAUGUGAAAUCCUGAAUGAAACUGAAGUAACACGUCACUCCUAGCUUUUCACAUUGAUAUCAGGCCUUUGAUGACAUUUCUAAAAUCAUGCUUAUGUCCUUCUCAUUUCAUGUGAUGGUUACUCCCAUCAUGCCUUUGUUUGUGCAGCUUCACUCUCCUCGCUGUACAUUUCAUAGUAUUUGGGUUUUCUCUGUAGUCCUGUAUGUGCCAUGAUAUUUUGAGAAAUGGGUUAGAGGUUUAGAGAGCCUCGAUGGGCUGGCGAAAAUUUACAGCGACAAAGACAGAGCAUUUCAUAAAGUCUACAGAUUUCUCCAUUGGUUUUGAUACAGAUUUUCACUGUUGGGUGACAGUAGUUUUGUGUUUUGAUGAUUAACAGUUACUGAAUGUUGUUUCUUGAGGCCACCACGUGACCUGAAGCCUGGUGCUAAGCAGAGGAUAAAUGGUGUGGUCUAUUUAAGUGUUACAGUGUGAACAAAUCAAAGUGUUCACGUGAAAGAACUCAUUCAUUUCAUGUGUCAAGCUUUCUCUGUUAUAGUGCUUCUAUAUUUGAAUCAUACUUGUUUGGCUGGUCCCAGCAAAAACAGUUCUACUCCUCAUCGCCAAACUUUUGUAUUACUGUUAAAGAGAUGUUAUUUUUAAGAUCAUUUUUACAUUACUGCUUUAUAAGACAGCCCGCAGUGCAGACGGACUGAGAGGAAGACAGAGGAGGGAGAAAACAUGCCACAGUAUUUGUGUCUGAACCGUCGGCAUUGUGAGAAUGUGGAGUGUUAAUUUGCCCACAGAGCCGGCACGGAGCCCAAACUUUGUUGUCGUUGGCUUCCCUUCAUUUAUGAUACUCAUCCGCACUCAUCUUCCUGAGCUCAGCUGACUUCACAGACACUUUCAGUCACAUGUAACUAGUCCAUCCCAGGUUUGCCAUCGAGCCAGAGACUCAGGAGCCAAUCACCUCGCUCCAUCCACCUCCUUUAAAAACAAAUCACAUCAAAGCACCCUGUUUUCUAAGACCCUCACUACCCCUCUGCUGCUCAGUCACUUCACUUCAUCAAAUGUUACCAGCAAAUUGAGCCAUUUGGUAGGAAAGAUUUUUUUCCACAUAUGCUAGCACACACUCUUUCAGUCAGCUGUUGUGCUUAGCAAAUUGAACUGCACCUGGAGAAGCGUGCGUGUUGAAGAGUCUUGAGUGUUUAUAGAAAGACUAAAACUUGCGGCAUUCUGAUGCACAAGUGUUUGUAGAGAUUGCACGCUGCCACUGUUACCAUAGCAUUUAUUUGUUUGUCUCCAGUGUGCUCCAACCUUGC